AUGACCAAUAGGUUUGCUGCCGAGAUUCGACUGUUGAGCAGUCUCAAGCAUCCGCACAUUGUCAAACUUUUGGGUGCUAGCACCUAUGAGGGACAGACGGCCAUGGUGCUCGAGUACGCCAAGUUGGGCGAGCUGGCUGCGUACGUGCGGCGCCCACCACACCAACUACUGGCGCCGGGUCACAUUUCGCGAGCUGACGUAUUGUGCAUCGCAGUACAAAUUGCCGGCGCGCUUCAAUUUUUAGAGUCGAUGAAGGUGAUUCAUCGCGACGUGGCAGCGCGCAACGUGCUGGCCUUUAGCAUGACCACGUUUAAGCUUGCUGAUGUUGGAUUGAGUCGGCUACUUGGAAGUGACCAGGAGUACUAUCGCCAGGAAUCGCAGCAAGCAACAGCUAUCCGAUGGAUGGCGCCAGAAGCCAUGGUCAAGCAUCGGUUCUCGUCUCAAAGUGAUGUGUGGUCAUUUGGAAUUCUGCUCUACGAAGCAUGCACGUACGGAAGCGUGCCUUACGGUCACUUGAGCGACAUGCAAGUACCCAUGGCGGUAACGAGGGGUGUUCUGCCGCCCGAGCCGCCAACGCGAUUUCCUGAAUUAUAUGCCAUCAUGGGCAUGUGCUGGCGAAGUGAGCCAGCCCAACGGCCUACAUUUGCUCAG